AUGUUUUUGAUGCGGUUUACUGAACGGGCUUACGUGAAUUACACGGAGGAGGAUGUGCGUAAUUCGCCCAAUGAGGCGGUUCGGCUCACUUUCUCCAAUUCCAAUUUUGACCCGCAGGAAGGGCACUACCUCUACAACAUGUACCUGGACGAGUACCAGUACUCGGAAGAGGUUGGUUUUGAUGGGUUGAUGCUGAAUGAGCAUCAUAAUACGCCGACCUGCCUGGGCGCGACGAUGAACCUGGAAGCAGCGAUUCUGGCCCGCACGACCACCAAGCCCAAGAUCGUGCUGCUGGGCAAUCCGCUGCCCAUUUUUGACAACCCCCUGCGACUGGCCGAAGAGCUGGCGGAAAUCGACAUGAUUUCCGGUGGUCGGCUGGUAUCCGGAUUCGUGCGCGGCACCGGUGUGGAAAGCCUCGCCACCAAUACCAACCCGCUGUACAACCGGGAACGAUUCGAAGAAGCCCACGACCUGGUUCUGAAGACCUGGACGACUCCGGGGCCCUUCCGCUGGGAGGGCAAGCACUAUCAGUUCCGCGUGGUUAAUCCGUUCCAGGUGCCGUUGCAGAAGCCGCACCCGCCCAUCUGGAUCCCGGGCACGGGCAGUCCCGAAACUCUGGUGUGGUGUGCCGAACACAACUACCCGUACAUCUUCCUGGAAACCGAUCCCCAGGGAACCGAGGAUAUGAAGUCCAUCUACGCCGAGACCGCCCGUGAACACGGCUACGAACCGGGUCCGGAGAACUUCGGCUAUCUGGUCCGCAUCCACGUGCAGGACACCGACGAGAAGGCUUACGACGUGGGCAAGGGCUACAUGGUCGGAAACAUUGGUGUGGGUCGCAUUCCGCUGCCCCGCGAUUACGCAUCGCCGGUGGGCUACGGCAGCCGCAGCGACGACCCGCGUUUCCUGCGUUUGCGCGAGCAGAUUCGCAGCGACCCGUUCCGUGUGGGUGGCCUCGACUCGGCCCACUACGACGAGAUUCUGGAUUCCAGGCGCUGGAUUAUCGGCAGUCCCGACACUGUGGUUUCGCAGUUGCGGGAAGUUUUGAGCUACAUGCGUCCCGGCAUCCUGGCGGUGUGGACCAACGACGGUUCGAUCAGCCACCAGGACACGAUGCGCUGCCUGGAACUGAUGGGCGAGGAAGUGCUGCCGCGGCUGCGCGAGAUCGGCGAAGAGCUGGAGCUGACCGACCCCUUCCAGAAGAUGGCACAGCAGCAAUCGGGUAGCUAA